AUGCUGGCCAGGGUCAAAGACUUUCUGCAGUCGGAAAACGGCCGCCAGAAGAUCCUGUAUUGCAUCAAGAACCGGAUCCCUUUGGUAGGGUCGCCUGACAUCCCGGAGUCAGGUGUCAGCCAGUGCCGGCUGCUUGGUCUGACAGACGUCACGAACGUGCAACAGCAGCUGUCGGCCCUGCUCAAAGCCUCCGAAGUGGUGACCCUUCCGUCAGAGUCUGCAACGCAGCCAGCAGCGGACAAAGACAAGGUCCAGGAUGAUCCACCUGUCAGCGGGGCGGACAGCAUGGAGUUGGAUGUGGCAGAUGGCCAGGCUGUCGACAUUCAGCCGGACAAG